AUGGGUAUGGGUAGUGAUUCGACCUCGUCAGAUCCAUUGACAUCUUCCGGUGUCGACUUCUCCAACGAAACCCAGGCUCUUGAUUUCCUGCAGGAUAUUCUGGAUGACUCUGUACUCGGUGUAACUGGUAAUCAGUAUGCGCGGUAUUUCUGGUACGGAGUCGCGGUAGCGAUUGGAAUCGCGACUAUAUGCAACAUGAUCCAAACCGCGGUUCUUAAGAUGAGAAUCAGGGCAUGUUCGUCCAAAAGGGCAUGUCCGGCAAAGCCAGCCAAUUUCCUAACAAAAUCCCUCGCUGCUGCAAUCGCAGUACUCCGCGAAUCCUCAUAUCUCCAAUUCACUCCGUUAAGAGCCUCUUGGUGGAUAAAACUUCCUAUAUUUGGCAGCAUCUACAUAAUAAUCGCGUAUUUCGCCUUCAUACUAGUUCUCGUUUUCACCAAUAACAAUAUCCCCGGUGCUCAACACUACCAAGCCCUAGGUAUUCGCGCUGGAUGGUUAGCAGCGGCUCAAGUGCCAUUACUCGUUUUACUCUCUAGUAAAAUGAACUUGAUCAGCUUCCUGUGUAAUGUGUCAUAUGAAAGAUUAAAUGUAUAUCACCGAUGGGUUGCGCGUGGUUUGUUGCUUCUGGCGACUUUCCACUUCGCUUUUCAAAGCCAUGCAUGGAAUAUCUAUGGCUUAAUGGUAUUGGAAUGGGAUACUGAUGCCUGCCCACCCACGGGUAUGGCGGCAUACGCGAUUCUUUUGUGGAUGAAUCUUACCACGCUUGCACCAUUCCGAGCCAUGGCCUACGAGCUUUUUGUCAUACAGCAUCUGCUCACUUACUUCGGAUUCAUCAUUGCAAUUGCAUACCAUCUCUACGGAACUUCGUCGCCGUAUUCCACGAACUACAUCUAUAUCAGCGUCGGUCUAUAUCUCUUCGCCCAUUUGGUCCGUUUCUUGCGCAAUGCAUUCAAUAAUUUCUUCCAGACUGGACGAGCAAGUCUCAUGGCUUUAGAAGGCGGCGCAACUAAAAUCCGUAUUUCGAAUAGGCGGAUCAAAAAGUGGAAAGCAGGCUCAUAUGUUCGUUUAUUUAUUCCUCACUUUGGUAUUGUGCAGUCGCAUCCGGCAACUAUUCUGUCAUCUUCGGGGUCUCAUGAUGGAGAUCUUGUUUUUGUUCUACGAUCGUAUGGGGGGUUCACUAAACGUAUUCUUGAGGCUGCUGCUGCUGGAAAUGACGACAGCCAGGCUUCCCCUGAAACCCAACAGCUCCCAUCCUAUCUUGCAUUCAUCGAUGGACCAUAUCAUAGCUCCCAAUCAGAUUUGGUCUGCUUUGAUACCUUGGUUCUAAUUGCUGGCGCUUCAGGUGUGACAUUCACGCUAUCAAAUCUGCUGGACAUAGCAGGUCGUGCGAGUCGUCAGAAACUCCCACUGCAAACAGUUUAUUUCACAUGGAUCAUUAAAAAGAAAACGUGGCUUUCAUGGAUUGCCGAGGAACUUACAAUGUCCUUUAAAAAGCUACAAGAAGCUGGCAUUGAAACUCAUAUUAGCAUCUACAUCACCUGUGACGAUCUUGUCGCUGGUGAGUCCUCGUCGCGAUCCGCAGAGAAACUCAAAUCUGGCUGUCAAUGUGAAGAUGAGUGUCAAUGCUGCAACACGAGGUCAACCAGCAUUGACAUUCAAAUCAACAGAGGCCACACUGAUGAAAAAGCCGCAACCUCAAACCGAAUAUGUUCGAACCAAGAUGUUAUUCUUCCUUGUGCAAACUUAUUUUCCGGGCGUCCUUCUUUUGACACCUUGAUGAGGAAAGUGAUUUGUGAGGCGCAGGGCGAGGCAGCUGUAGCUGUUUGCGGACCGUUGGGGCUAUCGGUAUCAGUGCGGUCUGCCGUGGUUCAAGCAUGCGAUGAUUUGGCCGUGAACAAAGGGAGCGGGUUACAAGGAGUGUAUUUACACGUAGAGAAUUUCAAUUGA